UUUUGAUCUUCCUAUUAAUGGAGGAUAAGCUCUCACUGAAACGCGCUGCUGCUACUCGUCGUCGUAAUGGCGGUGGUCGCAUGGAUGGCUUCCUCCAAGCGAUGUCCAAUCUUCUGGAGCAUAUGGUCCUUGUCGCCUCAUUAGAAAGGGCUGACUGUCCGGGAACACCCACCCGAUUCCAUGGUGUCAGCCCCCCAACCAUUUCAAUCUACCACUACCUUCAACGAGUAGAAGCGCACUUCAGAUGCUCUUCCGAAUGCUUCGUCAUUGCACUCAUUUACAUUCAUCGACUACUCAAGACACAAGGCCCGAACUUCGUUGUUAGUAUGUGCGCCAUUCAUCGAGUUAUCCUUACUGCGGUCGUGCUAGCAGCGAAGUUCUUCGACGAUCGUUAUUACAGUAACAGGUUUUAUGCUGCUGUUGGCGGUGUUAGAACGAAAGAGCUAAACGCACUAGAGGCUGAUUUCCUCAGACUCAUCAAUUGGAACCUCCACACUUCACCUCAGGAAUACGAGUCUUAUCGGAUGAGUGUUUGGUCAUCAGUUGAGCCAACGAUGCUGCCACUAUCAUCAUCCCCUCCCCCACCAGAAAUGCUUAUCAAUCUCAUUAAAGUAGCAUAUGGAAGUUGACCAACUAUGAACACGAAGUUCACAAAGUUUUGUAUUUUCCGUUCCCCGUUCUGUGCACUAGUUGCCAUUCUUGUCAAAAGUUGUAUUUUCUGUCGUCAUCGUUUUGACUACCGUUGCUGUGUGUAAACACUGUACCUAUAACAUGAUAAGUGACUAGACUCUCCUUGCCACUGUCCAUGAGGCCUCUUCGAGUUAAGACUAUCCAAUACGUCUCGCACUCUGCCAUAGCUCGCUCAUGAGGGUUACCAUUGCCAACAAUAGCUUUACACUUUUACCCGUUUCACUCGUAGCCUGAAAGGCACAAUAAGACCAAACCUUUCGCAACAUUCGGUGAUAGUUGAAGUAGUGCAAUCACCGUCAUAAGACGAUCAUUAUCAAAGCAUGAGCUGAGGUUGGGUAGAGGUUGCCUUCUUAUUUCGGUGUCGGCGGUUGUCCACAGUGUAUUCAUCUGAUCUUAGACUCGCUUGUGGCAACUUUCUUUUCAAUGCAUGAGGAGUUAAACCGUCGAUCAUACUUGUUGUUUGUUCGUUCAGGUAGUCCCUCGUGGUGCUUCAUGUGUAGCUACUGUAAGCAGUAUGAACACUUGUAUUGAGUCGCCAGAUAUUUCGAGAGCAAUAGAUUCGUAUGCUGCCUGUGAUUAUCCUACCACUCCAUCGAGUGUUAUCACUCAGUGAUGGUAUUCGCUUAUCGACAUCUGGCUCUUAUUACCUAUACUUGCCAACAGAGGAGUUUCCAUUACCAUUAUGCAGGCUUUCUCUGCCUCAUCUUAUGAUUAUUAUUAUUGAUUUUCGCUCUCGACAGCGCUUUCGAGAGUAUUCGACGAUAGAGUGAUUAUCCCCCCCCCCCUCAGGUGGUAUCUGUUCAUUCCUUUUCUCUUUCGUCAGAAUCCCACAGACUUAUUGAAACUUCAUAUUGGGCGCUCGCCAAUCAGAAUCUGUAAUAGAUCACUUAUCUCAGAUCAUCCCCUCAUCAAAUGUAUACAGCGAAACAGCUGUCACUUUUCCAUGCCCGUCGUUGGCAGUCUGUACACUUUGCUCGACCUGAUGUAUUCAAAGGAAUAGGAAUAACUUGAGUCAUGAUGUUGGAGUAGAUGUUAUUCGUUCCUGUGGGCUCUGGAACCGUUCCUAUGUUCGGUAAUGAUAGAUGUUCAUAACACUAG